AACAUGAUCAUGAGAUCAAGGUUUGAUAAAGCAGUUCCUAUAAUUGUUCAAAGUCUCGUUGUAGUAAUUUUUCUGAGAUUCAAUUCCAGUAAUAGUUUGGGUCACCCUUUAGACCCUCUCUCCCCUGCUGAAAUCAACAAAACAAGGGAUAUAGUUCAGGGGUCUUACCUUGGUGCUAUUCCUAACCUGACCUAUCAUUUCGUGGAUGUGGAAGAACCAGACAAAAAACACGUCAUAGAGUGGCUAUCUUCAAAUACAAAAGACAUAUCUAUCAUUCCUCGCCAAGCCAAGGUAGUUGUUCGAGCCAAGGGUGACACACACGAACUUGUAGUGGACUUAAACAAAAGCUCCAUUGUGUCGGAUAAAAUCUACACUGGUCAUGGAUACCCUCCUUUCACAUUCAAUGAGCUUUUCCUAGCCAGCAAAUUGCCUCUUACGUACUCCAGAUUCAAAGACUCCAUAACCAAAAGGGGCUUGAAUUUGUCUGAAGUUUCUUGUGUACCAUUUACCGUAGGUUGGUUUGGAGAACAAACCACAAAGAGAGCCCUCAAAGUGUCAUGUUUCUAUAGGGGAGGAUCAGUUAAUGUGUGGGCAAGGCCUAUUGAGGGAAUCACGGUACUAGUUGAUGUUGAUUCCAUGAAGAUUACUGCGUACAAUGACAGGUACAUUGUCACUUUGCCUAAGGCCGAGGGUACAGAUUUUCAAUCUUUAAGCAGCAACAGGAGGCCGAAAACAUCUGCUUCGUGUAAUGUGUCAGAUGUUGGGUUCACCGUGGAUGGCCAUGAGGUGAAAUGGGCUAAUUGGAUUUUUCAUGUUGGGUUCAAUGCUCGGGCGGGAAUGAUCAUAUCAACUGCUUCUGUGUUUGAUUCCAAAAGUAACAAGUAUAGAAGAGUUCUAUAUAGGGGCCAUGUAUCUGAGACAUUUGUUCCUUACAUGGAUCCUACAGAGGAAUGGUAUUUCAGGACUUUCAUGGAUGCUGGGGAAUUUGGCUUUGGACGUGCAGCUGAUACCUUGCAACCGAGGGUUGAUUGCCCGAGCAACGCAGUGUACAUGGAUGGCUACAUGACAGGGCCUAUAGGAGAGGUGCAACAGGUUCCCAGGGCUAUUUGCAUUUUUGAGAGGAAUUCUGGCAAUGUGGCUUGGAGGCACAUGGAAGUCAACAAUCCCCAAAAAUUGAUUAGAAAUGGAGAACCUGAAAUUAGUUUGGUAGUCAGAAUGAUUGCUACUGUGGGGAACUAUGAUUAUGUUCUUGACUGGGAAUUCUUAAGAAGUGGCAGUAUAAAAGUUGGGGUGGAUCUGACAGGCAUAAUGGAGAUGAAAGCAGUAGCCUAUAGAGAGAAAAAUGAGAUAGAAGAAAGGGUGUUUGGAAGAUUGGUGGCAGAAAACACUAUAGCCAACUAUCAUGAUCACCACAUAACCUACUAUCUAGACCUUGACAUUGAUGAUAAUAGGAACUCUUUCAUCAAUGCUAAGUUGCAAAGGACAAGAGCAACUGGGUUUGGAACACCCAGAAAGAGUUACUGGACAGUUGUCGGAGAAAUUGCCAAGAGGGAAGCCGAUGGUAGAAUUCGGCUGGGCUUGGAGCCAGCUGAACUGUUAAUAGUAAACCCCAACAAAAGGACAAAGUUAGGGAAUGAAGUGGGCUACCGGCUGAUCACCUCACAGCCAGUUACUUCUCUGUUAUCUGAUGACGAUUACCCUCAAAUAAGAGCGUCUUACACCAAGUAUGACUUGUGGGUCACUCCCUAUAACAGGUCAGAGAGAUGGGCUGGAGGGUUCUAUGCUGACAGGAGCCGUGGAGAUGACGGCUUAGCCGUUUGGAGCCAAAGGAACAGAGAGAUUGAAAAUAGAGACAUAGUGCUAUGGCACACAAUAGGGAUCCAUCAUGUUCCUUAUCAGGAAGAUUUUCCAGCAAUGCCAGCAAUUCAUGGUGGAUUUGAGCUGAGGCCAGCUAACUUUUUUGAAAGCAGUCCAUUGCUUUGAAUUAAAGUAUGAACUGAUAGAAGCAUGUUCAGCUCAUUAACCAAACUAAUAGCCAUGCAUUACUCCUAAACAAAAAUAAGAUGAAAGGUUCUGUCCAAAUUAAGUAGUUAUUGUUCUUUUAAUACUGUAACGUGCAAGCAUGUUACUAUUCAAUAAAUUUUUAGU